AUGACAACAACAACUCCCAGACCAAUGGCCAUGCCGAGCACGCUCCCCAAGCCUCACCCCAAUGAGAAGAUGAAAGCCGCGCAGUGGAUGGGCACGCGUACCGUCCAUCUGAGCACCGUCGCCAAACCGACCAUCACCGACCCAGGCGACGCGAUUGUCCACAUCACCCACUGCACCAUCGGCGGCGCGGAUUUACAUCUCUACAACGGCGAGCUCAGUGACUCCAUCCACAAAGGCGACAUCCUCGGCCACGAAGCCAUUGGGGUCGUGGAGGAGACCGGGCCGGAAGUGCAUAGUCUCUCGCCCGGGGAUCGCGUCAUGGUGCUCCCGAUCAUCGCGUGCGGGAAGUGCGAUUACUGCCAGCGGCAGGAAUACGCGCUGUGCGAUGCGACCAACCCUUCGCGUGAGAUGGAGGCGGCGUACGGACACCGCAUGGCGAGUAUUUUGGGAUACACACGGUUGCAUGGCGGAUACCCCGGCGUGCAGGCGGAGUACUGCCGAGUCCCCAAUGCAGACAUGACCUGCGCCAAAGUACCGGCUGAUGCCGAGGCAAAGAAGCUACUGGGGCUGGCGCAUGUGACCACGGCUGCGUGGCAUGGCUGUGAACUUGCCGGGGUUAGCAACGGGGAUAUCGUGGGCGUCUGGGGCUGUGGGCCGGUUGGACUGUCCGUCCAGCGGCUGACGAUGCUUCGGGGUGCGAAAAAGGUCUAUGCCGUGGACAAAGACGCCACUCGACUGCAGAUUGCUGAAGGGUUCGGGAUGAUCCCGGUGGAUGUAUCGGCGCAUCCGGAGGUGGGCGACUACCUGCUGUCGAUGGAGCCGAAGGGGCUGGACUGUUCAAUCGAGGCGAGUGGCUUUCGCAGUACGCAGAAGCCGCAGCAUGCAGCCAUGCGAGCGAUUGGACUGGAGCAUGACAGUGGUGAUACGGUGUCGGCAAUGAUCAAGGCGACGCGAAAGGGUGGGCAUCUGGCCCUGAUCGGCGACUUUUUCUACAACACGAAUGACUUCCCCAUUGGACCGUUGAUGGAGAAGGGGCUGACCCUUCGGGGAGGCCAAGUCAAUUCGCAAAAGUAUCACCCGCUUCUGCUGGAUCUGGUAGCACAGGGCAAGUAUGACCCCUCGUGGGUGUUUACACAUGAGGACGACUUCGAGAAUAUCGCCGAGGACUAUCGCCGAUUUGCGCGGCAUGAGAUUCCAGGAGGGCUGAAGGUGUGUUUGGUGACUGAAUUUGGCCGCCGGCAGUCUGGUUGA